GAUGUAUUGAAUAUUCAAAAACCUAUCAUAUCAACUAGUUCUCGACUAUUAUCGAGUGUCAUACAAUACAUCGCGAGAUGUGGCCUCUCAAGGAAGUCGAGGCGUCCCGAAGAGCGCCCGAGCGUGAACUUGGUGAAUUAUCUUUCUUGGUUGGCGCGUCCCGAGGUCACAGUAAACAGCUCCGCCCCAGCAUUGCCAGGGCUGACGUACCCUAAAUCGCCAUUGAUCGAUAUUCUUAUAAUCGAGAUGCCGCGCAACCCGUGAUUCUACUACUGUUCAUUACCUUGUUUUUCUACGUACCUGCCAUCAAUUGGGACUCCCUAGACCUUCUCCACUACUGCGAAGACAUCUCCCCACCACAUCAACAAACUUCUACAGCACGACAUGACCGACUCAUUGCAUAAUUCGAGAAUCCGAAAAUGGUUCGCCUCUUCUCCUCCAGUCGCCUGGGGAAUUCGACAGCUGCGAGAGCUCCUCAUCGGUGCCCUCAAGCAGGGGCCAAUUCCUCAACAUGUAGCUUUCGUCAUGGAUGGAAAUAGGAGAUUCGCGAGGAAUCAUCACAUUGAGACGGUGGAAGGCCACAGCUUGGGAUUCGAAGCACUUGCUAGAAUCCUCGAAGUAUGUUACAAAACGGGUGUCAAAGUCGUGACCAUCUACGCAUUCAGUAUCGAGAAUUUCAAACGAUCGAAACGUGAGGUGGAUGCUCUCAUGCAUAUGGCAAAAGUAAAACUAGAGCAGCUCUCAGAGCAUGGAGCUCUUCUUGACCGUUAUGGGGCGUCGAUUCGAGUCCUGGGCAACCGUGACCUGGUGAAGCCAGACGUGUUGCAGGCUAUAGACAAGGCAGUUUCCCUGACGGCCCACAACAAAAGGGCGAUUUUGAACGUGUGUUUUCCUUACACCUCGAGGGACGAAAUCGCAUCGGCGGUCAGGCACACUGUCGAAUCGUACAGUGUCCCGUUAAGUUCCAUGCAAUCACCAUCCAAGCGUUCGUUCUCGGAGACACAUAUAACACAACAUAUUCGUCAGCAAAUGCUCAAUACAGUACCGGAGGAUGUCGAACCAACAUCGCGUUCAACCUCUCCGGCUGAAUCCAAAGACCUGAACUCGGCGAAUGACGCUAACUCUACUGCGACUUCGUCUACAGCUGCAACUUCGGUUGAAAAGGACGGAUCCAUAACAUCAGGUCGGAAUUUCUUGGAUCCGGAAACGAUCACCGCGGAGACAUUGAAUGACAAUAUGCUCACUGCCGGUGCUCCACCUCUAGAUCUACUGGUUCGAACUUCUGGCGUGAUGAGGCUGAGUGACUUUAUGCUUUGGCAAGCUCACGAGAAGACAUCGAUCGUUUUCUUGGAUUGCAUGUGGCCUGAAUUCGACCUCUGGCAUUUCCUACCAGUCCUUGUUGAGUGGCAAUGGCAGAGGAAGAAGCUUCAAGAGGAGGAUCGCAGCUGGAACAAGACAGACUGAGCUGUACGAUGGAUUACUCCCAGUAACAGAAAAGAUUGAGAAGUAUAAUAUAUGCAAGUUAAGGCUGUUUUCCUUGCACGGAUACCCAUUGGCGCAUGGCGAGCAUGGCGAGCAUUUAUAGACAGGUAGCGUUCAAACUCAUAUAAUUGCAUAAGGCUUUAUCGUCG